AGAGAGAGAGAGAGAGAGAGAGAGAGAGAGAGAGAGAGAGAGAGAGAGAGAGAGAGAGAGAGAGACAUCAUGAGGCAGAGGUGAUGGAUCCAAUCCUUCUGAAAGUGACUUCUGCCUGGCAUAAGGGAGGACACGGUCUACCCGGGGCUCCUUCAAUCUGACAGGAAACUACAGACGACAACAAACUCAACGCAUCCAUUGUGUCGUGUUUUUUUACACGUCUUUCUUGUUUUUUGGCAGAUUGAAAGUGGAUUUUUCUAAACUUUGUACUCAAUGUUUCCGGAGGAAAUUCCAAGGAAGAGCCAACUUCUGUUUAGGUUGUCUUUUUAAUCACAGACUUUUAAACACCAUCAGUAGCAUGCACUCAGGUGACAAGCAGUAGUGAGUCAGAGAACGGCGGCGAACGAAAGACAACUGGAAGGAGAGCACCAAGGAGAGAGCGAGAGAGAGAGAGAGAAAGAGAGAGAGAGAGAGAGAGAGAAAGGGAGAGAGAGAGGCAACCUCAACACAGUGGUUUUUCACAUUUGGGAUGACUUUGAACCAGGGAAAACUUCAAUCAGCUCUUCCAAGAGGGAAAGGAUACUGAAGCAACCUGAUCGCAACUCUACUAUUAUCCCGCUUUGGUGAGUUUGAACCUCUCUCAUGGAGCCCCCUUCGGUGGUGCUGCUGGGGCUCCUUCUCGUGUAUGGACUGGCCAGCGGAGCAGAGAACAUUCAGGGGAGCCCCCCCGAUGGUGGUCCGACCACCGGCCACGCUGCUGGUGGACCGCAGAAGGCCCAGGAGUUUGAGAGCAGCGACGAGGGCCUCGAGAGGGAGUUCCUGUAUGCGGGGAGGAGCAAACGGGCCGCUCCCGACCCGCAGCAGGACAAGUGCUCCUACACGUUCAUCGUGCCCCAGCAGAAGGUCACCGGGGCCAUUUGUGUCAACUCCAAGGAUCCCGAGGGCCUGCAGGAGAACCGGGUGAACAAGCAGGAACUCGAGCUGCUGAACGUGGAGCUGCUGAAGCAGAAGAGGCAGAUCGAGACCCUGCAGCAGCUGGUGGAGGUGGAUGGCGGCAUCGUGAACGAGGUCAAACUGCUGAGGAAGGAGAGCCGCAACAUGAACUCCAGAGUCACUCAGCUGUACAUGCAGCUGCUCCACGAGAUCAUCAGGAAGAGAGACAAUGCCCUGGAGCUGGCUCAGAUGGAGAACAAAAUCCUGAAUCAGACCUCUGAGAUGCAACUGCUCACCAGCCGGUACAAAGACCUGGAGCACAAGUACCAGCACCUGGCCUCCUUAGCCAACAACCAGUCUGCCCUCAUCGUCCUGCUGGAGGAGCACUGCCAGAGUCGCCCCAUGCCCCGGUCCGUCCCCCGACCCCAGCCGGUUCCUCAGCCCCAGCCUCGGCCACAGCCUCGGCCGCAGCCGCCACCGGCGGCCCCACCGCUCAACAGGCCCUUCCAGCCCCCCGUCGCACCACGGCUCAACAACCAGAUCACCAACGAGAUCCAGAGCGACCAGAAGUCGCCGGUGCUGCCGACCAUGCCUGGCGGGACACACAGCCCCUCCACCACGGACAAACCCUCCGGCCCAUGGAAGGACUGUCUGCAAGCCCUGGAGGACGGCCACAGCACCAGCGGCAUGUACCUGGUGAAGCCAGAGAACGCCAACCGCCUCAUGCAGGUGUGGUGCGACCAGAGGCACGACCCGGGGGGCUGGACCGUGAUCCAGAGGAGGGUGGAUGGCUCCGUCAACUUCUUCCGGAACUGGGAAACGUACAAGCAAGGCUUUGGUAACAUCGAUGGAGAGUACUGGCUGGGUCUGGAGAACAUCUACUGGCUGACCAACCAGGCCAACUACAAGCUGCUGGUCACACUGGAGGACUGGUCAGGGAAGAAGGUGUUCGCCGAGUACGCCAGCUUCAGGCUGGAGCCCGAAGCCGACUUCUACAAGCUCCGGGUGGGACGUUACCACGGAAAUGCUGGCGACUCCCUCACCUGGCACAACGGGAAGCAGUUCACCACGUUGGACCGGGACCACGAUGUGUACACAGGUAAUUGUGCCCACUAUCAGAAGGGAGGCUGGUGGUACAACUCCUGCGCUCACUCCAACCUGAAUGGCGUCUGGUACCGGGGUGGACAUUACCGCAGUCGCUACCAAGACGGAGUCUACUGGGCUGAGUUCAGAGGCGGAGCUUAUUCCCUUAAGAAAGUAGUGAUGAUGAUCAGACCUAACCCCAACACCUUCCACUAGCCAGCAGAGAGAACACUUACUGCCCAGUGCAGUCUGAGACACCUUUCUUUGUAUUCAUACAGAUCCUAAUAAAAAUCAACCGUUUUGAACCAGAUGGAACUAUAUAACGAAGCCAGAUCAUAAAGAGGGUAAAAAUGGAAAAGAAUGUGCAAUAAUUAAGCAACAGGAUGGCCUGCUCAUUGAGGCCAGUCUGGUCGGGCGUCCCAGUGCCGCCACUCCAAAAUAAUUGCACUUUCAUUCUCUUUAGUUAUUUUUUACUACCAGCAUUAGAUUCAAUAUAAGACACAUACUCAUGGCUCAACAGUUUGCUAGAGGUACACUGUCACAUGAUAAUCUGUUGCUUGUAAUAGAUGGUGCUUUCCCCUGCGCUGUGUUUUCGGCAGAAAAUCUGAAAAAGUUACAUUCUUGAUUUGCUGUUAGAAUCUGAAAAUACCUAGGAUUAACGGUAGAGAAAUCCAGGAAACGGUAGACACAGGAAUCACAAUCCAGUGACUUUGUUUGAAGAAAACUUCAGGUGUGCAUUUUAUAGGAAUAUACUAAUGUUUUGUUGGAUUUAAAUACAGGUGUUUAUAUUAUGACCAGACUUGUAUAUUAAGUGUUUAAAUUGUCCCUUACCUGGCAUCAAACCAUGCCAGUUUUUGCAAAACAUAAUUCCAUACUUUAAAUGUUCAUGCGUGAUUAAUAAAUACAGAAAUAUCACACACACACACACCAUAUGCUUUGGAUGAUAAACCAUUUGACAGAUGUCCUUCAAAUUAAACCUUUUGAACUUCAAUUGCCUGGACAGGUGCUGUUUUGCCUGUAUGAACCAAGGACUGUGUUUACUGUAAAAAAUUCAGUUGUCUGUUGAUGUCGAUUGAUCCAACACCGUGUGUCUGUACAUAAAAAGAUACUUGUAAUAUAAUGUAACAAAAUCUAUCAUGUAUCGCUAUUAAGUUGCAAUAAAACAUGUACAGCUUGG